CUAUUUUAUAACCAUAUAAUUCCGUCUAUGAUCUUCCGUCUGAAUUGGUUAAUUACAUAUUAAUUUUUCAACACUUUAUUAUUCUUUUGUUAAUUUAAUUUAGAAUACAAAAACACAAUAUACUUACCUCUCUCACGGCUCAGUGUGAGCACUGUGAGCCGUGAGAUGAAGCAGCGUGAAGUUGUGCACCUCUUGCAUGUGUCACGUUGGCACCGCCCCCGGUAUUCCUCCGCCAAUCGCGCGUCGAGAAUCAGUGCCAUGGUAACCGGGGUGGGCUCGUACAUAUCGCAACGCAGGUCGCAGUGAUGUCUCAAACGUUGGUCGGCGGUGCACCGUGGCAGACGUUUCGUCGGAGAGUGUCGCGACAACCUGACGCAGUAAUUCCGCUGCUCGUGAAGUGUGUCAGUCACUGAGGUGCCCUAUACAUUUCUUCACGUCGUCGUCAGUUGCGAGUCAGUGUAAUUCGGAAGCGCUUCGUUACAAUUGGAGAACAACAAUCGGGACUAGAACGGAGAAACGCGAUUACACGCGUAGUUGUUCGUAGUGAGACUUCGUCCUUCGCUGUCGGGUCGCGCUCCCGCGGCCCACAACAUUAGCAGAGGUGGCGUGGGGCACGGCCGUCAUGGAAUUGCAGAGCUGGUUGCUCUAUCAUCUAGUGUCCGUCACCGACUGCAAUCAAGGUAGAAAAGAAGAAGAAAAGUCGUUCGUCGUGGCACGCACACUCCCAUGAACCUACAUCAUUUGUGUUAACGCAUGUGAUGUCGAUUCGUCAUUUAAACCUUGGUUAUUUUAGUUACGUUUGCCUGAGUUCGUUGGACUGUUACUCAUACACAAUUCGCCGCUUCUUUAUUUAAUUUCACAUCCCGCUAUCACGAUCCAGAGGAAACGGUGGUCUACCGAUGAUUUGAUGUGAUGCAGUCGGCAAAUACAAUUGGAAGCGGCGGCGGAGGCGGAGGAGGAUCGUAUCCCACUGGUAGCGGAAACGGAAGUCGCACCCGCGAUUUAGGACUACGUGCCCAGAAGAAGCUUUUGGGCCGUCUGGUGUCUACUGGCGCUGGUCGAUCGCUGUUCAUUGACGACGCCACUACAUCGCUGCUCGACAAUCUUUACAAGCUGAUGGAGAGCGUCGCCAAAAGCAAUUCGCAAUUAGACAAGAAGGAACCUGAGAAAGUCCUCAAGAACAUUGUCAAAUUAUCUAUUAAGAUUGGUCUCGUGCAACGUAGUCAUCAAUUCCGUCCGAACGAUGCUGAGAAACUGGAAGAAAUCCGGGAAGCUCUGGGAGCGGUGGCGAUGACCGUCGUGUCGUUUUACGAGGUGGAUUACAGUUACGACCAGGAGUAUCUGACGGGUUCGCUGGAGCGUUGCCGGUCACUGGUGCAAGAACUAAUAAAGCCGCACCUCACGGACAAGUCGUCGCAACGUUGCGAUCAGGUGUUUGAUUUCCUGGCGUAUCCAAAGUUCUUGGACUCGGUGUUCCGAUACGAUUCCGAGCACAGAUCUAUCCUCGGCAUGCUAGUCAAUGACCUCAACAAGGCGUUGGACGCCAGGCGGCUUUGAUUCCUCAAGUGUGAGCUUUACACAACGCUGAUAACGGCGAAUCGCCGAUCGGUAACAUGAUGGUUGAAUUGCUGGAUGGAUGGCUGUCCUUUUAGGCUGAGGAUAGUGAUCGAUGGCGAGAGGCGCGAAUGAGAGGAGCGAAUUGAUCGAACACCGCACGCUUGAACUUUGUUUCACCACGGUAAUCAGGCAACAGUGUUCUCGGUGAAUACCUUCGGUGUGACGGCAGUCAGCUUAGUUUCUCGUAGCGGUAGAUUAAAAAGAGGUGUUUCUUGUUCGCGAUCAUCCCAAAAAAACUCAGCAACCGAAUUCGGGCCAUCCCGCGCAGAUCACUCGCUCACUCGAUUUAUGCAAUAAUUGUCUGAUACUCCGCUUAUUUUAAGAACAUCUACGUUACGUAAAAAUCGUACGGUGUACAUAUAUUUAUGCGUUUAUGCCACACAACACCACAUAAGAUCGUCAAACUGUAGCAAAAAGGAGUUUUCAGGAAUUACACAAUGAGCUUAUGUGCGGAGUAAGAUGAAUAUAAUAUUAAUAAUAAUAAUAAUAAUAAUAUUAAUAUUAUUAUUAAUAUAAUAUUAAUAAUAAUAAUUAAUUCUGAGGACUCUGCAUAUCUUUUUCUAAUGAUACGUAUUGGUAUUUAACUUUCUUUGAUAAUAUCUUUGUUUAUAUUUAUUUUAUUCUUAUUUAUUUAUCACAGGCAGAAAGACUAUAUACGAUUUCUAUGUGGUCUAAUUAAAACGUAUUAGAAUGUAAGAUACUGUCCUUACGCUCCUUCCAAAUUGUUGUCAACCUGAAGUUACCUUUGUUUGAGAAGUUUAUUCAAAUUCGUACCUAUCUUUAUCGUAACCGGCAAAUACUGUACUCGUAACGAUACGAUGUAUACAAUGACGUCCGUAGCGUCGCGACGAUUAGAGUAGUUGAAAAUAGCUAGAUGCUAGAGUAUGGAAACACCAGUUUGUGGUUGUAAAGAAUUCUCUCUCGCGAAAUUAAAACUCGCCUCGCGAGAGCGAUCAUCCGCGAUUAUCCGCGAAUCGCAAUCGGUACAAAUCGUAACGUGACGGAUCUUGGUGAUAAAUGACGGGAGAAAUUGCGGAAAUUGCAAAGGUCCAUCAAUCGUUCGACCAAGACGAUAUAUCAAAGUGCACGCGUAGAGCAAAUUGUCCGUAUUUAGAAUCUUGUAACGACGGUGAAGGUUACUGUCUCGCAUGCAAUAAUAGUGGAUUGCGUGAGCGAGAAGAUUUCCUCCUCACGUCGAGCUGGAAGCCGACGGCGGUCACGCGACGGUCACGAGGAGCACUUGUGUGCCACGUAAUCUUUUACAUUACCACGAUUCCACAUUUAGAUAAUAUUGCCGGGAUGAGAGUAAAUUCUUAUCUGAAAAGGUAGCUUGAUAUUCAAUUACACGUUACGUGUUCCUUCAAGAGUCACGGUUACAUGACAUUAAAAAGAAGAUGCGUUUUCUAGUGAUUUGCUUUACACAGUCUUGUUAUUUAACUUGACAAAACGCGAAUUUUUUUGUUAAAAAAAUAAGAAUAAAAAUGUGACUACUUUUUUAUGCGACUUUUUGUAAUAGAUACUAGCUAGCACGCGUGAACGGUGAGAUUGCGAGGACCCCAAGAUGCGCGUUACCGUCAACAUAAUCCACUAUUAAUGUUAUUGCUUCUACGUGCAUAUUUUUUACAAUACUAGAGGAACCAAUUCCUACAUAUCUGAUUUAAACGUGACUCGAUUCCGAUAAUUAUAAAGAGGAGAUAUUGUAGAGAUGAAAAGAAAAAAAAAAAAAGAGGAAAACUUUAUUGAACUUUAUAUUUUACGCCUUUUUUGUACGCGGUAUACACUCACUUUACACGUUAUUUGUGAUGAUGUCAAUAUUAAGAAAUGUUGUAUGGGUACUAUGCCAUUAAUAAAUUAUUAAGAAACAUC